AUGGAAAUCUACACAACAUCUUUUACUUACCCGCGCCGCGCACGACUCGCUCAUUCUCCUGCUUCUUCUCUCGAGUUCUCUGCCAACGAGCUUCGCAGGGCGGAUUCGUACUCUCAUCUCCAACAAUAUGCCAACAAUAAUCUUUCCGAACCUCAGGGGACUGCGUCCCCUUCCGACUAUGACGCCCUUCAAAAGCUCGCCGUGGUGGCCAUGGGGCUGCACGGCGUUCAUAUUUCCUUCACGCCCGCCAACCAUGGUCAGGCGUGGAACUUCCAGAUUUCUGGAGCCUACCAACAAGUCAUGCUCGCCAGGGGAUUGAUUAUGAAGGAGUGCCCCAUCCAGAACCGUGCGUCCAUCAAGGUAGCGCGGUCAGAAAUUCUUGAUUCCCCUUCUGGGAAGGCCAGUCUGAAGCCCGAAGUCUGUCGACUCCUCGACGAUGUUGCUUCUCAGACCUUUGCGCAUAUCGCGGUCGUCAACAGCGCUCAUACUUUGUCGACGCGCAGUCUUCCGGAUGGUAUCAGUAACAGCGCUGGGUGGUCUGGCUUGGAAACUGAACGCGUCUGCGAGCUUGUCAUUACAGGCCAGGGUGAUUCCGUCGAGCUCGCUCGCGUGGGCCUCCUGGUCAUGUUGGACGAGCUGAGCAGUUUGCAUUCGGAGUCUUGCGAAAUUGAUCGCACGCUGCACGCCAUCGUGGCCGGCAGGAAGCGCAACGUCUUACAGUCCAUUCAGGAGGAGACUGCGACCAACGUCUACUUCCCGUCUCCGCUGCAGGGACUUCUCGGUCUCGAUUACGCUGCAGCCAAUGCGUCCUCUCCGGGUCAGCAGAAUAAGACGAAUCCCAAUAUUAUCAGGAUCACAGGCGAGUUUUUCGGGGUUCAGCGUGCUCGCGACAUGCUAUUCCAAGUGUCUAUGACCAAGAAUAAGCAGAUACUUUCUCGUGACAGCGCAAUUCUACCUCGCAAGAUGGACUGGAUGGUCACGGAGCGCGCGGAGGACCUGAAGGCGCUCAUGCACGACAAUGCUACAUUUAUUCAAUUCCCUCCUAUUGGUAGUCCGACGAGUUUAAUCACUGUAUAUGGAGACCACAGGGUCAACAUCCAGAGAACCAUUCGCUCUAUCAUGCAACUGGCUUGUCAAUAUUAUGUAGCAUCUCUUUGGCUUCUUCCUGCGCAGUUCAAUGUCCUCAUGCCAUCGACAACCGUGAACCCCACUCAAGUUUCUGCGAUCAUUAAGCAGGUGUCUCUCGCCUCCGGUGCGGAAGUCGUGUUCAAGGGCAUGUCCUUUGAGAUGCAUGGCCUUGAGCAUGAAGUACGCGCCGCAGUGAGCAUGCUGCUUGAGUUGGACAUCAUCAAGACUUUCCACCACGAGAUUCGCUUCCAAAUUGAGCUUGCGAACGAGCACCGGGAAUUCAUCAGCGGUAAGAAGAACGGCAAGAUCAACAAAAUUAUGCAGACCACGAACGUCAAGAUCAAGUUCGAGACGUUCAACGAGUACAACUUCCUGAUCGACAUAUCUGGCAAUGAUGCGUCUGUUCUUCAGGGGCUGACCCUUCUGCAGGAAGAACUUCCAGCGGAGAUCUCGUUCCAUGUUCCCGAGUCCUACCACAAGCGCAUUAUCGGCGUCGGAGGUCGGAGCAUCCAGCGGAUUAUGAAGAAGUAUGGCGUCUAUGUCAAGUUCUCGAACGCGGAGGAGUUUGCGGCUAUGGGUGGAUACAAUGACAACGAGGACAAUGUGGUCGCAAGGACUCCAGCCAAAAACGCGAUGAACUUGGAGAACCUGAAGCAGUCCGUGAUGGAGCUCGUCAACCCGAAGGACAAGGACUACAUGAACGAGACUGUGUCCAUUCCUCGGAAGUACCAUCGUACUCUGCUCGGCGAUAAAAGCAUUUUCAUUCGUGACAUCGAGGCGAAGACGAACUCAUCGGUCCGUUUUCCUGACAAGGAGACUGCAUCUGACUUGGUCACCAUCUUUGGACCGGAAAGCCAAGUCCAGAUUGCUGCGACGAUGCUCUUGGAGCAUGUGCCGUUCGAGGCUGACAUGGCGGUGCCUCCGCACCCCGAACUCGCCCAUAUCUGUGCCUCCUCUGACUUUGCCGCUUUCGUGGAGAGGGCCAAACGCGACUUCCAGGUGGUCAUCUCGCCCAACAUCAAGGCGGGGUCACCUGGACCAUCCACCGAGACACCUACGGAAUGUUCGUUCAAGUUCAGGUGCCAACGGAGCAACAGCGACUUCUUGGUCACCGCUCGCGAGAUGCUGGAACAGUUCCUCAUCGGCCACAACGUGCAUGUUUACCCCUCGGCAACGUCACGCACCCACCAACGGGGCGACUCAUUUGCGGACGCAUUCCCGCACUUCGACAGCAAGGUGCUCUCUACUGCGCGCACCCGACAUCAAAAUUCUGCCGACCUCGGACGCCCUUCGGAGGCUAUGAUCGACAGACGGCUCAGACUCGCCAGUUCCUCGCCGGAUGUCAAAGCCCUGUUCAACAACUCACCGUCGUACAUCUACCACGUUGAGGAAGAGGAAGAUGUGGAGCCUCAGCCAAACUACGUGCCCGGACCGUCGAGCAGCGAUUACUGGACGCCGCUGCCGCCUAUUGGUUCGGGUGUCCCGCAUCGUGCGCGGCACGUCGAGGAGGCGCUGAAACGGGGGUCGGACUCGCUACUUGAAGCCAAGCUUAAGGACCAGCUCGCGAAGCCGCGGUCGCUCACGAACCGUGCGCAGUCGCUGGACCUCACGUACUCGCUCUCGCGCAUCAGCGAGGCGCCGCGCAUGGGGUCCGGCCUUUCGCGUCCCGACUCUCCCGACCACUCCGCUGCGGGCACGGGCACGGAUGGCACGUCCAGCCCUAUAUCGGCGACAGCGCCGUCGUUCCCUAGUGUGUAUGGCCCACCGGCGGGGCGAAGCGGGGUCGUGGGCGCCCCUAUUGGGCGCGGGGGCCUCCCGAUGGACCAGGACGCGGUGGACGAGGUCGCACGCGUUAUCUCGAACUUGGGGCUUUAA